AUGUCAUACGCAGAAGCAUUAUCCAUAAGAUUUGACUGGGGGCAACUGAACCAGCCGACCUUGUACAUAAUUGCAAUAUCGUCUCUAACAACAUAUGCUUUCAUUGUAUCGUUCUGGAAUCGUCUUUCGAGACGUUCAGAGUCAAAGGAGUCAGCGCAAGUUAAUCAAAAACAAUGGAAUGCGCGCGUCUCGGAUUGCAGUGCGGUAAAGAAUGCUGCGCUCUGUCAAGAGCAAGAUAGCUCACAAAUCUUGGAUUACAACGCAACAGACAAUGCUGCACUUGCCCAGAACCAAGAGCUCUUCGACGUGUUGAAAAGCAACGUAAAUCCGCUACGGUCCACAUCGACAUUCACCGAUGAUCGACAAAAGGCGGAAACAUACUGCGAACUACUUGUAGAAGAACUUGGCAAGACCUAUGUGGCACAUCAAUCUCUCAACGAACGUAUUAAAGCAUUAGAGAAAGAAAACGAAUCGCUUUUACAAACAGUAAGACAGCUCAAGGAGAAUGUUGACGAACCAGACAUAGGACAGUACCUUGUUCAUCAAAAUGUCGAUGAUGUUCAUGAUUAUUUUAUUAAAAGAAAGGCGUCGCAAGUUAUUCUUGAUGAAAUUGGUGCUGUCGUGACAAACGAUUCAGAGGUAUUUUCUGACUUUAUAUAA